CGUGUUCCUUGCGUAUAACACCUUCGCCUGGGUGUGUGAACGCUCAUUCAGUUGGUAAAAACAAAUAACGUGCACUCUUACCUAUCUACGGAAGGACUUGAAACAUCCGUGAUGGAUUUCUUGAAUUUUAUGGUAUUUUUGCUGUCAGUUGCCGGAUGCUGCUUCGGACAGAAGGCAUUGCCACCAGGUCCAGUGGAGGGAGUUAUUGGGAAAAACGUUACGUUUACCACGUUUGUAAGUCCGGGAGAUUACCUUACAGUAUCCUGGACAUUCAACGCCGGGAGCGGACCUGUGGCCAUUGUAACACAUGCUCCGGGAGGUAGAAACUAUGGAAUCGGCUACGAGGGGAAAGUGUCGCUGAAUCCAUCUAACGGGGUGUUACAGCUUGGGCCUUUGACUGCGAAGGACAGCGGAGAAUAUACUUUGAACAUGAUCAACAACAUGGGCAUAGCCACCACUGGUGAAACUACUUUAAAAGUUCUCGAGCCCGUGUCUGCUGUGACCAUCACAUCCAGCCUGACUGAAGCUGUGGAGAUCAACAGCACCGUGGUCCUUACCUGCACCUCCAAGGGCUCCUUCCUCAAGUAUGCCUGGCUCAACGGCUCUGCCCCUGUGGCUCCCGACACACACGUGACCCUGAGCGCAGACUCCCGCAACCUGACCGUGAGCGCUGUCCUGAGGACUGACCUGGCGGGGCCCAUCUACUGUGCCGUCUCCAACAGCCUGGAGAAGGAGAAGAGUGCCCCCUUCAACCUCACCGUCCACUUCGGACCUGAAAACAUCGCCAUGACCAUCAACCCAACUGGCGAGAUUGUCAAGAAGGGUUCCAACCUCACUCUGACCUGCUUGGCAAAGUCCAGUCCAGCGGCACAGUUCAAGUGGAUCCACAAUGGUGUGGAAAGGAAGGAGACAGACCCAACACUGGUUCUGGCAAACGUGGAUGAGAGCCAGGCGGGGAACAUCACCUGCAUGGCUUUCAACGCCAAGACCAUGCGCUACCUCUCUGCCCAGGUGGUGAAGUUCACUGUCAUUGAGGCCAUCUCCAGCACUAAGAUCACUAGCCCCACCGACACCCUCGUCGCCGGCAACAGCACGGCCAGCCUCAAAUGCUCGGCAACCACGGGCACCAUGGUAACCCGAACCUGGAUGAAGGACGGCAAGCCGCUGCUGUCUAGCAACAGAGUAAACGUAUCAGGUGACUCGAGCCAGGUGACCAUCAUCCCGGUGCAGAAGGAGGACAGCGGGGAAUACAAGUGUCUGCUGACCAACGCAGUCAACAAAGAGGAAGCCACACACAAGAUGGUGGUCAACUACGGCCCGGAGGAAGUGAAGGUGACGGGGGAAGACGCCGUGGAGAUCACCGAACCUGUGAGGCUGAACUGUGUAGCCAACUCCCUCCCUGCUGCCACCUUCGUCUGGAGGUUCAACGGCACGUUGACGCAGGUGACGUCACCAGACUACGUCAUGGAGGGCGCUGUGUACAAAAACACAGGCAUCUACACGUGUGUGGCCACCAACGCCAUUACCGGACUCACCAGGUCCGCCGCACACCUGCUAUCUGUCAAAGAGGAGGGUGCUCUGGACAAGGACCUUUCAGAUGGGGCCAUCGCCGGCAUCAUCAUCGCUGUGCUCGUCCUUGUGGCGGCCGUUAUAGCUGGAGUUGUCUACAUGAGACGAAAACAAACGAUCGAGUCGCCAUACUAGAGAAGAGAGAGGCUGCAUGGAGAGAGAAACAGGAGGUAUCAACCCGAAGCAUCUACCGCUGUAUUUACCCAAGAUCUUCCUCUCUGGCCUGGGAGGACCAAUGAGCUGUAAGCCUGCCCCAGGUCCAGUAGAACCAACCAGUCACAGCCAAGCCCCCCACCAGUGGACUGACCCCCCCUUCUCUGGUUCCAGGGGUGCCCAGAUGUGGCCUCCUGGAGCUUCGUAAGGGUCCCGGAACCUUCCCUUUCUUUGUCUGUAUGGUCUUCCUGUUUCUCCUCCCUGCCACUUCACUCAUACCCCCCUACCCCCACCCUCUUCUUCUCCAUUCAUUGGAAUGUCAUCAAGGCCCUCGCCGACACAAAUAAAGACUUCAGGCACUCUAAAGAGAAUGAAGAUGCCCUACUGAUCAUGGCCGAUGUCUACAGCCUGGAGAAACUUGAGGAGGGUUCGAACAUCUCCCAUAGUCUACAGGGACUCUCUCUUUCUCUUUCUGUCUGGAUGGAGAGGUCUUCUUCGUAUGAAAGAUGUGUAAGACUGAAGAAAAAUCUUUGUCAAAGCAAGAUUGAACAUGCUUCAAGUCAGAAAAAAACAGACAGGCAGGAGCAUUUCUGUGGGCAGAUAACAUUCCUUUGGUUUUGGAGGGAAAGUCGCAACUUCAAGAAGGUACGCUACAAUCUACCAAGAUCACUUAUCUUCUGGAUGAUUAGUUUCACACCGGAUCUUUCUAUGAUUUCAUUUUUGUUGCUUUAUUGUUUGUCAUUCCAUCUUUUGAAGUUCAAAGCAGUAUGUCACUCAAAAUACAACUGUUAUAAUUUCUUCUCCUGUAGUUGAUUGGCCCUGACUUUUUAUAUCUAUCCUUGUUAUUUAGAUUUUCCAAAGCAAGCGUUUGUUUUGAAAUGCAUUGCAUUUAUUCUCCGGACACUGAAAAUGGUUGCCUACCUAACAUUUGUAUUUUGAGUGAACUAUCUGUUUAAACCUGGAGUUCUUACUCCCUCACAGUGUUUUAGAAUAAGAGUUGUGUUACCAUAACCAAUCCUAUUUUUCCCUGCUGUGUUGAUUUAGAGAUUAGGUGCCUGUUCUUUGCUUUAGCCCUGAGUGUUAGUGUAGACCUGCAAGCCGGAGAUAACUCCUCCUUGGGGGAGCUGAGGUGUUUAAGGUGCUUUAUGUAAAGCUAGACUGUUACAUGCACUGAUCCACCGAUGGAAAGCAAUUUAUCAUGACGAUCACAGCUUGGACCGCACAUUGCUGAAUGCACACACACAUCUUGAACACACAAACACACACUCACAAACACACCCUCACAAACACACACACACACUCACAAACACUAUCUGCUGGUUGUUUCUCCAUCAACGUGUUUUGCGAUUGUUUUGACUAGAGUACUAAUGAACAUGAUUUACUGCCCAUCACUGUAAAUAAUAUCCAUAUAUAUUUUCUUUUCAUGUAAAUGUGCUUUGUUGGGUUCUUAACAUUUUAAGAUUAGUUUUUUCGGGUUUUCUUGCUGAUCGUUGAAUACUUUCCGCAAAUCUUCAUGUGUUUACAGUGAGUGCAUAACAUAACAUUCAAUUGACAUUUAUCUCCACUUCUUUAUUGUGUUACCAUGGGAGUGUUUGAAUACCUAUCAACUGCUUCCUCCCUUCCUUCGAAUUAACUGAACUAACCUCAAAAAAGGAAAUUAGGAAGAAAGGAUGCAUUCUGUGAAUAAUGGAACGGGGCCCACAUAUUUGUUUUUGUUUUAUUUAUUCUUCUCUUGCUGGAACAUCCUUGUUUGUUUUCCAGGGAAUAUUCAAACAGUAUCACCGCCUGGCCAAUCCUGUUUUCUAUUUCUCGGGAACCAAUCACACAAAUGUUCGCUUUUCUUCAUCUGUCGCUAAGAUUGCGAAUGACUGAACAUAAAGGCGGAGCAACGGUUCCUGUUUUUACAAUGCUGCGUUGACUCUUUACUGCUCAGAGGGCCGAGGGGGGUUUCAAUCUGAAGGGGAGGGGGGGGGGGCUCUCCUCACAUCUCAUCUCGUAUCCUUUCCUCUUCACCUCUUUUUAUCUAUCCCCUCCUCUCUUCUCUAAUACACUCCUUAUCUCUUCUCUUAUUUUCUUCUCUUUUCCUUUACUCCUUUCCUCUCUUCCUCUGCCACGCCCUGAGUGUGAGAGGUACGGUAUGCCCCAGAGAAAAAAUAAUCUGACAUAAAACCUGUUUGACACUGACAGCCCGAGGGAGGAUUCUGAAGGCAGAGAAAGGUUGAGGUUUGUGUCAGCAACACAGGUUGUUUUUGUAAAUGUGUAUCUUAGUAGCUAUUGGUAGGUAGGUUUAAUGUGACUUCCACAAAAAGUUGAAUUGGGGCUCAGGUUUUUAUUUUUUAGAACUGUGGUUUCAACCAAUUGUUCAUGUAUGAUCUGAAGACACUUAAUCCUGCCUCUCCCCAUUCCCCAUCGAAACUCUCCUGUCUGAACCUGAUGUAGCCCUCUCCCCCUUUUUCGCCCUAUGUCAUUGACUCCUCCCAGCCACACUGUGUCAUUGACUCCUCCCAGCCACACUGUGUCAUUGACGCCUCCCAGCCACACUCCAUUUCUCAGUCAAAUUAACCCCUUGUAUGAAGAUCCCUGCACAGCUCAACCUGGUUAACCUGAUCCUCUCCCAGAGCAAAAGCACACACAGAGAGACUUCAAUUUUAAUUACAUUUACCACAGUUCAAGCCACAGUGCUUUUGAAAGCCCCGAAUAUGAAACCAGAAUUGUCAAUGGAAGAGCCUGUUCGUCGACAAUUUGCAGUAUCAAUUUCAAGUUGAUUUUGGGCUUUAGGAGGUGUAAUAUUGAACUAGUUCAAUUGUUGUCGUAGUUUUCUGAGACUGUUUCAACUGGUUUGACUAUAACGCUAGCACCAGAAACCUUCCGCCCAUGACCAGUCCAUCAAGUUCAUUUGUCUGGAGUCAACAACAAUGCCUUACAUUGUGUACACUGUUAGUCAGGUUAGUUAGGUAGGCCUACUUAAAACAGUGCUGCUGUGACAUCAUACUGUACUUGAAUGCAAAAACAAGUCAAUAAAGUUUUAACCAUUU